AUGGCCUCGACAUUGAAUUCAAACACUUAUCGAUCUCUCGUCCCAAUGCUCGCAUCAGCACUGAAAGACUUCCAAUCUUCAGGAUCCAGGUUCCGAGUUCUGAAGACAGUGAACACAUCAGACCUUCAACCUCGAGAUCCGGUCAAGCUCUCGCCCGAUGAGUCUCCCAAGACUCUCUUCAUACUGGACUCGUCCUUCAAUCCACCUUCAAUAGCCCAUCAGACUCUGGCCUCGUCUGCCCUCCACAAAUCCUCAAGCGAUGCGCAUCCAAAACCACAUCGGCUACUGCUACUAUUCGCCACCAUGAAUGCCGAGAAGGCCCCCUCAGCGGCCUCGUUCGAGCAACGACUAACACUCAUGACACUCUUCGCCACGGACCUCCUCUCCUCCCUCAAAGAGUCAUCAGACCACUCGGCCUCAGCAGUAGACAUUGGCGUCACAUCCCUUCCAUACUACACCGACAAAUCCGCCGCGAUAGACACCGAAGGGAUGCGAGACUUCUACCCCAGCAAACCAGCUCAUGUGCAUCUGGUGGGCUACGACACAAUCACACGCUUCUUCGCACCCAAGUACUAUCCCAAAUUCAACCCACCACUAUCGGCGCUAGAUCCGUACUUCAACGCUGGCCAUUGCCUUCGGGUAACGCUACGGCCAGAUGAUGAGUACGGCUCCGUCGAUGACCAAAAGGCCUUCAUUCAACGGAUCGAGACCGGAGAAAUGGAGAAAGAAGGCGCCAAGAAAGAAUGGUCAAAGCAGAUCGAAGUCGUGCCUCCCAAUCCCAGAGCAGGCGUAAGCAGUACCAGAGUACGCAAAGCCGCCAAAGCAGGACGCUGGGAAGAAGUGCAAGACCUUUGUACCGCAGGCGUAGCAGCCUAUGUAGAAUCCGAAAGCCUCUACGAAGGCGAUGAUCGAGGCGCGAAGAUGGCAUGA